ACGUUACAUAAAGGAGCAUCGCCAACCGCAACAUGCCUGCCUCGGAUCUUCCAAUCGAGAUACAAGAACAGGUCCUGGACCACCUGCACGACGACCCUUACGCGCUGAAGGCGUGUAGCCUGGCCUGUUCCGCUUGGCUCCCGACAGCGCGUCUGCACCUCUUCAGGACAGUCAAAUUGAGGACAGUGCGAGACUGUCUGCGAUUCCUCACCGUUCUCGAGUCGACCUCAGACGCACUCGGCGGGAUAGGCGUAGGUUCCCUCGUACGGGAACUGCAUUUGCCGACGAUGGUUCUUCGGCAAGCGGGUAGACGGAAGGGGCAGCGCUACAACUUCCUAUGCCAGAUUCUGCGCUGUGUCCCCAACAUCGACACCCUGGUUGCGCGUCGCUUUCAGUUGCGGAGCUUCCUGGAUCUGGCCAGUCCGAAGGGCACCAGCCCCGGCGUCGAUCUUCGCGGCGUCUUGACGUCCGUCUUUGCUUUCCCUCGGCUCAAGACGUUGGUCCUGCAGCGAACGUCGGUCCGUACUGUCAGGGAGGUAUUGCAGGUCAUCUCUGCAUUUCCGUCCUUGUCUACUUUGUGGAUCUCUGAUAUCCACAUCUCGAGCCCUGACGACGUUCACCCGAAUACCACCGAAAGUACCGAUAUUCGCAUAUGUAUCCAGGACCUGCGCUUGGGACCCUGGGAUGGCGAUCCCAUUUCAUUGCAAGCCGUAACGGAGGCGUUCUUAGAAGCACCCUACGAACUGCAGCUCCGAAAGCUGCAGUGGAUGUCUGGCCUUCGGCAUGCGGACUUUGGUGGGCAUGCGUUCAACGAAAUGUUUCACAGAUCUGCAGGAACUCUGGAGACGCUAGAGCUCGAAGUUGAUGAGGCUGCCCAAUGCAUAGGAUGGUUGAUGGGCCAGGGCCUGUCUCAUCACCGGUCGCUCAAGAUCCUCACCCUGUCAUUUGAUCUCUUUGAUGGUACCGCAAGGGACCGGUCGAUGAUCCCCCUAUUCAUAUCGAGCCUUGAUUCGAGCAGUCUGCGGGAGUUGAAGUUACACUUCGAUGCGCACGAUGAACGCGACUCUCAGAAUGCUUUUGACUGGCAGGAGUUGCCGAAGGCCUUGAUCUCGUUGCAUCGGAGGUGCCCCGCCGUCACGUUGACAUUGAGUUGUUGCGUGCCCACUCGUAUGUGGAUCAAGUUGCCAGACCUGGUCGCCGUCUAUUUAAAAACAUUACAGGGCGUCCUGCAUGCAGGGAGGCGCAUCGCUAUCGUCCGCACAGAGCUCGACCAGUCUUGCCCGUGCUCCGUUAGGGACUGGUUUGAAGUCGCUAUGGAUAAUCGAUGGCGGCCAGCUCGCCCAGCACUCAUCUGGUUGUGA